CAAGUAGAAAAGAAAGAAGCUUUCAUCAUCUGUGGAGGACAAAUAUGUGCUGUCUUGCGAUGUAAUAAUGAUCGAAAUGAUCACCAAUCAUCAAGUGUAACCAGAUGGCAGCAGCUGCACCACCACCACCAACAACAACAACAACGAGAAGAAUCGUCCGUCGGACAUGGUGGCUCGAGAACAGGAACCGCUGUUGCAAGAGGUUUGGGAAUCCUGCGGUUCGAUUGCUGCCAAGCUUGGUGAUGGCACUGUUUUUUUUUCUGGCUGCAUCUCUGCUGAUAGGGGCAGCCGCGUUUGCGUUCCACCCGCAAACGACGAUUCCAUCGAGACCUCUGUUUGCUCCCGCGAUUGCUUCCGUUUCUACCAAUAGCUUGCUACUGCCACUCCACGCAACARCCACUGAUGCCUCCGACAACGGCAGAGACGACGASGAGGAGGAGGAAUUCUUCGACGCCUCGUUCUCAUUCUCCACGGAACGCCUCGUUUCGAAGUCGGGGUUGCCCGUCUGCCGUUACGCCCUGGGGGGUGCGGCGCGGUCCACCCAGCCCAAGAGCAUCGUCAACGAGUACCGGGAAAGGKUGGAAAACGCAAUUGUUGGYGCCAACGCAACUCCCGCUGCCCCCUUUUUGUUUUACUACAAUCCGCACCGGUAUCCGGACUUUAUGCGGGGGAUUCGUGAACUGGCCAACAAGGACAGCGGGAACAAUCCUAUUCGGCGGGAGGACCUAUUCCUGGCCAGCGGUGGGACYGAUCGGUCCCAGAAGGGCAUGGAGCAGCGCUUACGGGACGCCCUCGCUUAUUCCGGGGGGGACUACCUGGACCUUUUCGUCCUUGAAUACGUCUGCCCGGAGGAAGCCGGAGACGACRGCGGCGACCUGGUGAAAGCCCUGGAACUGGCGCGGUCCUGGGUUCGGGACGGUUCCGUCCGGUACGUAGGGGCCUCGACCCACUCCCACUCGGUGGGGGCCUGGCUGGGGUCCCUGGACCGUGGGGAGGAACGGGACAACGACAACGACAAUGRCGGCGCGUCCUCUCCGCUCCCACUGCUGGACGCCAUGAUGCUCCGGUACAACAUGGGGCACAAGGCCGCCGCCGAGGCCCUCUCCCUUCCGGUGUGUGCGGAACGGGGGAUCCCGGUUCUGGCAUUUACCACAACGAGGUGGAACCGCCUCCAGGACGGCCAUCCCGAUUGGGGCCAACGGGCCCCAACGACCCCAGAGUGCCUGUCCUUUGCCCUGUCCGCRUCGUCGGACGAAAGAGGCGCAAGCGCAGGACCAGACGCACCCACGGCGACGGAAGACGGCGCGGGCCGGCCGAUCGAAAUCGUCCUGCACUCGGCGCGCGACGCCGAGGAACUGGGGGAGGGCAUGUCGUGCCUGGAUUCGUCGUUCGUCCCUCCGACCAUCGACACCGGAAAUGGUGCCGCCGUGGCUAUCUGGAGGGACUACGGAGACCUGGAGUGGAACGACAUGGAUGGAUUCGAUGAGUAUCCGGAAGAACAGCAGGGAACCAGCAUUCUGUGACGCGGUGAGACGGCAACGGCUGUGCUCUGKGCCGCAAGACAAACUGGUUGCCGCGCAUGACUAUUCUACCUUUGGUCCCUCUGAAGAGAUAUGUCGUUUCAGUAGUAUUUUUUUAGCAAUUAUAAUACAAUAUUACUGCAUGC